AUGGACAUCUGGGCCUGCACAGCACUCUCCGACGUUAACAUAGCCGAUGCCAGCGGCUUUGAUCAGUGUCCGUCUCCGCUUGGGACCGACUACCGAGACCAGCGUCUCCGCCUUGCUGAGCUUGAGCGAGACGUGCAGGAGCUCCGCGAAAAGGUCGACGAAGAAGUGCAUAAGCGUCGGGUCGUCGACUUUGACCGGGAGUUGGCCAUCGAUGCCUUGAGAGAGAAGACCGAGGAGGUCAGGCAGCGAGACGAGACGAUCGACGCGCAGAACGCUCUGUUGAGUCUGGCCUGGGCUGACGCGCAAGACUUGGCCUCGUCCCACCAGAGCACGCAAGAUGCAUUGCAGCUACUGAAGGAGUAUAUCGAGGGCAUACUGGCGAGCACGCCGGAUCCGGAGCUCAAUGCGAACAAGAAGCGCAGACAUUGCUCGUGA